AUGGCGCAGGCCGUCCUGGCAAGGUGGCAGAGGGGGAAGCGAGGGACGGGAGCGUCCCUGUCCCCGUCCCCGGGGGUCCGUACCUCCCGGUUCCGUCUGGUCUUCUCCCUGCUGAGGAAGAACGGCAGGCCGGAGGGCGGCAAGGCGGAGAGCGCGGAUCAGCGGGCUGGCGGCAGACAAAAGAAGGGGCUGAAAGGGAUCUUCAGCAGCAUGCGAUGGCAUAAAAAGGACAAAAAUGGCAAGGAGGAGAGGGGGGAAAGCUCGGAGAUCCAGGCCGGUCUUAUUAUGCCGGGGUCUUUGACCGCCAGCCUGGAGUGCAUCAAAGAGGAGACGCCAAAACCUUUGUCUGAACCUCCCGACAGCGCAGGAGAGAUGGGGCUGGAACCGCCGCUCAGCCACGAGAGACCGGACCCAGCCGCCGGAGAGGUUGGGACUGCCAAGGAUGCGGCCAUAACAGGUGACAUUCCAAUAACGACUAUCCCCCCUGUUGAACCUCACUGUGAUAGCGGUCAAGAGACGGCAGCCGCCCCUGACCCUUCCUCUGUUGAUCCACCCUCAGAGCAAUCGAUUGAUCGUAUUUGUUUGAUGUUUGCUGACGUGACUUCACUGAAAAGCUUUGACUCUCUUACAGGCUGUGGAGAUAUUAUUGCGGACCAUGAGGAGUAUGUGGGCAGCGGGAGUGGCGGCUGCGAGAAGAGCACCCCUGGGGCCGGCAAGCUGGGUGCCUCCAAGAAGCACCCCACCAUGGUGGCCUACCAGGGAGGAGGGGAGGAGAUGGCCAGCCCCGACCAGGUGGACGACACCUGCCUGCAGGAGUUCUGGGAUAUGCUGUCGCAGACAGAGGAGACCCAGACAGAAGGAGGAAGAGGUGGAGGAGGGACAAAGAAGCUCGAGGGGUUGAAGGAGAACCGAGGUACCGAGGGGGUCCAGAACAGGGUGGCAGUGAAACGUGGUGGCCUCCACCAGAUCCCCAUUCACCUCAACCACAAAGAGGAGCAGAAGGGCAGGGAGAAGGAGCAGCAUGAAGGAGUCCCAAACAGCGACGAGGGCUACUGGGAUUCCACCACCCCUGGUCCCGAGGAAGAUGGUUCCACAAGCAUCCAAAAGGAGACCAUUCCCAGGGACAGCUACAGCGGGGAUGCUCUUUACGACCUCUAUGCCGAGCCGGAUGAGAACCCACCAGCGGGGCCUACGGAUGAAGUGGUCACCUGUGUGCCACGCUCCAAGCCCGUGUCUCCGAUAACGACCACGUGCUCACUGAAAACACCCUCGAGCACCGUGAAGGACUCCAAGAUCCCCAUCAGCAUUAAACACCUUUCGUCGCAUCCUGCCAGCCAUGGAGCAGAUGCCAGCAACAGCCAUCAUGUCGCACACCAUCACCUGGCCAAAAGCGAGAUGCACAGAACAAAAAUCCCUGUCUCUAAAGUACUGGUACGCCGGAUCAGUAACAGGGGCUUAGCAGGGACAACAGUGAAAGCUGCCACAUACCAAGACAGUGCCAAAAAGUAG